CCCCAAGCUGCCUGUGUCCAUUAGAUGUCGUUCUCCCUUGGCUCAACUUACCUGAUCCCCGUCCGCAUAUCGCGGCAAUGCAAGAGAUCAGACUUCUGAACCCUAGCCUCACGAGUGCAGCGCGGCCACUGCUUGAGCGCAUCAGUGCGGAGAACCCUCUGUUCCACCAACCAUCUAAGGCAGUAGGCCCUCCACGUCACACCUUUCCUACCGUCACUGCCAAUGACCUUAGUUCUGGUAAUACUGCCGACCGAUUCCCAGGUCAGGCAUUAGUCACGCUUUUGGAGUCCUUGUGACAGUAUCGCACCGCACUGUAGAAGAAACAGUAUGUCGUCGUCUACGUCCGCAACCCUCGCGUCGUCAGCAGCAGCCGCAGCAGCAGGAGAGUUCUGUAGCCCCCGCUCCUCCUCUCCUUUCGUCUCCCCCGCCCGUAUGCACGCCCCUUUUCUCGGCCCUAACGUGCCGUCUCAAGUCGCCCAAUCCCUCGAUAUUCCCGCCACGCCCUCUUCCCCCGCCAUCCCUCCCCCCACCCCCGACGACGCCGCUCGCCGCCUAGCGCUCCGCCUUCUAAUGGGGACGAAACCCUCCGCCGAGUGCCUCUCGCCGUGUCGCACUCCUCGCGGUGGCGGUGGAAACGGUGGCGGAAGGAGCGAGAGGAGGAACGAGCGGUGCCAAUGGCGCAGCUUCUCGCUGAAAGAACGGCCCGGAGGGGGGGACGACUGGCCCGCGCGACUUGCGGGGGAAACUGCCGGUGAGAGUCCGCGGAGGGGAAUCGGGGCGAGAUCUCCCACGCCAGGGGGGAGUUGGCGGUACGUGAGCGGCAGCGGCGGGGGGGACGCAGCGGAGGGAGCGUGGUCAGGAGGCGACGAGAGCCGUGCGGGCGAUUCGGACAUGGAGGGGAGUGGGGAAGAGGGGGAGCGGGGAGAUUACGGGGAGGAAAGGGAAGAAGCGGAAGAGGCGGAGGAGGAGGAGGAUGAGGAUGAAGAGCCGGAGACGCCGUGGCGGCAAAGCAGUAGCGGCACCCAUCUGAACGGUUGUAGCGGCGGCAGCGGCGGUGGCGAGUGGGGGUCGGGGGGCGGCGGCGGCGGGGGGCAGUGCGGGGCGAGAAGGGCGGGGUCCAAGUGGUUUCCAAUCUCCGCCUCGCUGUCGUCGUCGUCGCCGGCUCUCGCGGGCUCGUUCCAUGACCGCGUGCAACACGCGCAGGAGCGACACAGGCAACUGCAGCAGCAGCAGCAGCAGCAGCAGCAGCAGCAGCAGGAGAGUACGGCGGGCAUAAGCAGAGUGCGAUCCUUUCUCGAAACCCUCCAGCGACCGAAGACCGCGCCUGCCUCGGAAGCAGUCGACGCCGCCAUGCGUAGUAGAAGCGCGAGCAGUGCCACUGGGAGCGGCAGGACCUUCCAGCCGAGCAACCUUCGACAGCAGCAGCAGCAUGCCCCCGGCGACGGCUCGGGCGGACAUGGUGGCGCCAUCAUGCGGCUCGAGAGCGACACGUCAGACUUCGCCGGCGCCGACGUGGAUGGGUGUAUGGAUAGCAGCGGCACGGACGGCGUCGGCGUCGGCGGCGGUGGCGGAAGCAGCGGGAGCAGCAGCGACGGCAGCCCGCGAUCGGCGGCCGCGGCGACGGAGGAGGUGUGGGCUCUGUCGAAGCAGGUCGCGGCGCUGCAGCGACAACUGGCCGACGCCUCGGCUGCUAACUGCGAGCUGCUAGAUCGCGUGGAGCGCAAGUCACAGGCGCUGGCAGAGGCUGAGGCGCGCCUUAAGGACAUGCAGCAGUCGCUGCGCGGCAUGGAGUCCGCGGCGCGCGACGUCGAGGCCAAGCUGCGCGACGCGCGCGCGGAGGUGCACGCGCUGCGCGAGGCUCAGGCGGAGCGCGACGCGGCGUGCGCGGAGCGCAACGCGAUGGCGGCGGAGAUGGAGGCGGCGCUCAGCUCGUGGUCGCGCGCGCUGGACGAGGCGAAGGACGCGCGCGAGGAGGCGCAAGAGGCGGCGGCCGCCGCGGCCGCCGCGCGGCAGAAAGUGGCGGAGGCGGAAGCGGAGAAUAAGCGGCUGUGGCAGGUGAUGGACCUGCUCAUGGCGCAGCAGAAGGCGCGCGGAGGGGGCGGGGGCGGCGGGGGAGGCGGAGGAGGCGGAGGAGCUGUAGUUGGGGGCGCAGGAGGCGGGAAGGCAGUCCUUGAUCUACUAGCGAGGAAGGAAGCGGGGAGUGGUAGCUGUAGUAGGGGGUAUAUGGCAGGAGCGAGCAGCGGAGGGGCGGUUGGGGGGGCGAGUGGUGGCGGUGGCGGCAUGAGCGCUGCUGGGCUACGAUCCGUGCUGGAAUCCCUGCGCUCCGCCUCUGGCACCGACUCCCACCGCUCCUCACCCACUCGCACCUCCGCUGACUCCUCCUCCCGCCCUGCAUUUGCGGCUGCCGCUGCUUCAGCCAAGGCUGCUGCAGGCUCCGCUGCUGCUGCUGCUGCUGCGAGCCGUCCCAUGGACGUGCAGCAGCAGCUGCAGGCGCUGCUGCAGCAACGGCACCAGCGGCAGCAGAAGCAGCAGCAGCAGCAGCAGCAGUUGCAGUUGCAGCAGCAAGGGGUAGAGCAAUACAACGUGUGCAGCAAUCAGCAGCAGGAGCAAGAGUACCAGCAAUGCCAGCACAGGGCUGCUGAAUCGCCGUGGGUGCUGCGAGGCAUGGAUGCCGCUGCUGCUGUAGCAGGCGGGUCGCCUAGGGAACGACGAGCAUGCAGAGCAGCAGCAGCAGCAGCAGCAGGAGGAGGGGGGGGAGGAGGAUUAGGAGGAGAGGGAGAGAGAGGUGCGGCAGCAGCAUCGGCACUAGGGGACACUGUGGUGAGGAGCAGAUAUGCAUCGGCGAGAGUGUCAGCAGCAGCAGCAGCAGCAGCAGCAGCAGCAGGAGAAGGGAGAGGUGUUUGUGGUGGUGGCAGCAGAAUAGCACGGCAGCAGCUGCAGCAGGUGCAGCAGCAGCGGGGGCAAGUCAGUGUGAUGUAUGGGGAGAGCGGGGUGGGUGUGGGUGGGACAGGGGCCAUGCGAGUGGCCGGGCUAGAGAAGAGCAUGUCGUGUGCGUGCUAGCCUGCUAGCCUGCUAGCCUGCUAGCCUGCUGCUACCGCACACCCACUCACCCUCCCCUACCCUGCGCUUCUGCUGCUAACCCACCCCUACCCCCAUCCCACGGCAACCAUGGCUGGGAUGGGAUGGGAGGUACUGUUUGGCUGGUGUUGGUGCCAAGUGCAAUCCUUGGAUCGGGCGCUGCGGCAGUGCUGCAGGUGGGGAGGUGGGGAGGUGGGGAGGUGGGGAGGUGUGAUGCGGUGCUGCACAGGUGAUGACGAGGAGGGGUUUGAGAAGCGGAGAGCUAUGUGCAAUCUGCAAUGUGCAGCAUCGAGGGACAGGUGUAAUGAAGUGUGCUGCUACGGUGUAUGUGCAAGCGGAGGGGGCACAGUGGUGGGGAGGAAGGCGGAGGCGCUACCUACUACCAACCAUCCUCCAUGUCUGCUCAGUGGUGGAAUGGUGAAAGGAGGUGACCUGGAUGCGCGUGCGGUCAGCCUAUCACAUCACAUGCGCAUCAUUGAUUAGCAAUAGUGCUGGUACCUUGACCAUACGUCCACCAGCCAUUGUGCCUGCUAUGGUGCUAAGCACAGGGGCAUGUGGUGGUGAGGUAGCUGUACAAUGUAGUGAUGCAUGCAUUACAGUUAGUCAACGUUUUGUUUAGCAUGUA